GCGCCUCGGCCUAGCAUGUCGGAAGCAGGUGAGGAGCAGCCCAUGGAGACGACAGGCACCACCGAGAAUGGACACGAGGCCGCCCCCAAAGGCGAGUCGCCGGUGGGGUCCGGCACCAGGGCCGCGACAGGUGCCGGAGGCAGGAGCGCGGCGCCCCUGGCCGGCAACCAGAACGGCGCCGAGGGCGACCAGAUCAAUGCCAGCAAGAACGAGGAGGGCGGGAAAAUGUUCAUUGGAGGCCUGAGCUGGGAUACCAGCAAAAAGGACCUAAAGGAUUAUUUUACCAAAUUUGGAGAGGUCAUUGACUGUACCAUAAAAAUGGAUCCAAACACUGGCCAGUCAAGAGGGUUUGGGUUUAUUCUCUUCAAAGAUGCAGCCAGUGUGGAGAAGGUUCUAGACCAGAAGGAACACAGGCUGGAUGGCCGUGUCAUUGACCCCAAAAAGGCCAUGGCCAUGAAAAAGGAUCCGGUAAAGAAAAUUUUUGUAGGGGGUCUGAAUCCUGAAGCCACUGAGGAGAAGAUCAGAAAAUACUUCGGCAAGUUUGGGGAGAUUGAGGCCAUUGAGCUUCCAGUGGAUCCAAAGUCAAACAAAAGACGAGGUUUUGUCUUCAUCACUUUUAAAGAAAAAGAACCUGUGAGGAAGGUUCUGGAGAAAAAGUUCCAUACCAUCAGUGGAAGUAAGUGUGAAAUCAAGGUGGCCCAACCCAAAGAGGUCUAUCAGCAGCAGCAGUAUGGCUCUGGGGGCCGUGGGAACCGCAACCGAGGGAACCGGGGCAGCGGCGGUGGUGGUGGAAGUGGAGGUCAGAGUCAGAGUUGGAAUCAGGGCUAUGGCAACUACUGGAACCAGGGCUACGGGCCCGGCUAUGGCGGCUACGACUACUCGCCCUAUGGCUAUUACGGCUACGGCCCCGGCUACGACUACAGUCAGGGUAGUACAAAUUACGGGAAGAGCCAGAGAUGCGGCGGCCACCAGAAUAACUACAAGCCAUACUGAGGCUUCAUUCAGCAGGAUGCCCGACUGAUCGCACACGCUUUGUUUGGAUAUCGAGUGAACACAAUUAUGUACCAAAUUUAACUUGGCAUACUUUUUAUGGCCUGUCCCAUGUGCAUCUUAUUUAAAUCU